GCUCCUCCCUGCUGGUGGCCCCGGUGCUGGACGCGGGCGCCAGCGAGGUGCAGGUGGUACUGCCGGGCGGCGACAUGUGGUACGACAACCGGGACGGUACUGCCAUCGACUCCGCCCUCCCCGAGCACCGCAACUUCAGCGCCCCCGUCACGCUGGAGUUCAUCCGCUCCUACCUGCGCGGCGGCACCAUGCUGAGCCUGAAGGAGAGGCCGCGCCGCUCCUCCGCGCAGAUGGCUGGCGACCCCAUCUCUCUGGUGGUGGCGCUGGACAAGUCGGGGCAGGCGGCUGGCGAGCUGUACGUGGAUGACGGCAGGAGCUACGCGUUCCAGCGCGGCGCCUACGCCUACCGCUCCCUGCGCUUCACCGCUGACGGCCUGCUGGCCAGCGCGGCCGGCGACCAUGGCGGCAUGCAGCUGGCGGCGCCGCUGCCGGGCUACGACCCGCAGGUGGUCAUCGAUCGGGUGGUGGUGCUGGGGCUGGCGGGCGGCCCGCAGCGCUGGGGCGCCUCCCUGGUGGGCCCCGACGGCGAGCAGCAGCGGCAGCUGGAUGCGGCGCCUGGCCCGCUGUACAACAAGGAAGGGCUGGGCGAUGUGGCGCUGGUGGUGCGCAGGGCGGGCCUGCCCGUGGGCGGCGACUGGGGCAUACGGUUUGCACCCGCGGCCGGCACCGGCGGCAGCGAAAGCUGAGCGGCUCACACAGUUGGCUGGCCGCUGCCCCAGAGCUCUGUGAGCGGGGCGCCGGCAGGGCAUGCUGCUCUGUCUGCUGCUGCCGGCCACGCACCCUUUAAGGUGCCCGUUUUGCUCUUUACAGUGCAGUUUGUUGGUACUUGUGUGCUCCUGGA